AUGAUAUCCUCAACACUUCUUCCCCGCCGCUUUCGGGGCGAGCAGCCCGCUACCCAACCGGCCGCCCCCUCCUGGGUCAACAAGAAGAUCACGCCCGCUCUCAAGUUCCUCUCUAAGCUUGCUUGCUCCCAUCCGAUCCACACCGUCGUCAUUGUCGCCGUCUUGGCCAGCACCUCGUACGUUGGCCUGCUGCAGGAGAGCUUGUUCGAUGCCACCAUUAGCGUCCGCACCGCAGACUGGUCCUCCCUCACCGAGGGCAGCCGAAGACUCCAUGCCAGCUCCGACACAGCCUGGAAAUGGCAGAAUGUCGAGCUCGAUGCCUCCAUCUCGCCCGACGUCGACCACCGCGCCCUCCUGACCCUCGUCUUCCCCGAGUCCCAGUCUCCCGAGUCCAUCAACACCGCCCCGCGCACCCAUGCCGUCCCGAUCCCCCAGAACCUGUCCAUCACCUCGCUGCCCUCGACCUCCAACUCCCUGACGAGCUACUCCCAGGACAGCGCCCUCGCCUUCUCCGUCCCCUACUCCCAGGCCCCCGAGUUCCUGUCCGUUGCCCAGGAGAUCCCCGAUGCCACCAGCGACGAGAUUGAGACGACCCACGGCAAGGAGAAGAAGAAGUGGAUCAUGAAGGCCGCCAAGGUCCACACCCGCAACAGCUUCGUCCAGUGGGCUCGCAAUGGCUGGACCGAGUUCCUCGACCUCCUCAAGAACGCCGAGGCCCUCGACAUCUUCAUUAUGGUCCUUGGUUACUUGUCCAUGCACCUGACCUUCGUCUCCCUGUUCCUCUCCAUGCGCCGCAUGGGCUCCAACUUCUGGCUCUUCACCAACGUCCUCUUCUCCUCCGUCUUUGCCUUCCUCUUUGGUCUUCUCGUCACCACCAAGCUCGGUGUCCCGAUUACCAUGGUCUUGCUCUCCGAGGGCCUGCCCUUUCUCGUCGUCACCAUUGGCUUCGAGAAGAACAUCGUCCUGACCCGCGCCGUGCUCUCCCACGCCAUUGAGCACCGCAAGCCCCAGGGCCAGAAGGACGACAACAAGUCCAACAGGAAGGCCGAUGUCUCGUCUCCCAACGUUAUUCAGUACGCCGUCCAGGCCGCCAUCAAUGAGAAGGGCUACGACAUCGUCAAGGACUACGCCAUCGAGAUCGGUAUCCUCGUUCUUGGCGCUGCCUCGGGCGUCCAGGGCGGUCUUCAGCAGUUCUGCUUCCUCGCCGCCUGGAUUCUCUUCUUCGACUGCAUCCUCUUGUUCUCCUUCUACACUGCCAUUCUGAGCAUCAAGCUCGAGAUCAACCGCAUCAAGCGCCACGUCCAGAUGCGUCGCGCUCUCGAGGAUGACGGCGUCAGCCACCGCGUUGCCGAGAACGUCGCCAAGAGCAACGACUGGCCCGAGUCCAACGGAAAGGCCCCCAAGGAGGCUUCUCUGUUCGGCAAGCAGAUGAAGAGCAGCAACGUGCCCAAGUUCAAGGUGCUCAUGGUCAGCGGUUUCGUCCUCAUCAACGCCAUCAACAUCUGCACCAUUCCUUUCCGCAACUCGAGCUCUCUUCCCAGCUUGGCUUCCUUGACCGGCGGCCUCAGCGCCGUUGUGACGGCCCCACCGGUCGACCCCUUCAAGGUCGCCUCCAACGGCUUGGACGCCAUCUUGGAGUCGGCCAAGGCCAACGAGCGCCCGACCGUCGUCACCGUUCUCACCCCCAUCAAGUACGAGCUGGAGUACCCCUCCAUCCACUACGCCUUGCCCUCUCCUGCCAGCAAGUCUGGCCACAAGCUCGACGAUGAGUACGACCACUUUGAGAACUACGGCGUCGGCGGUCGCAUGGUUGGCAGCAUCCUGAAGAGCCUCGAGGACCCCGUCCUUUCCAAGUGGAUCAUCAUUGCCCUGGCCAUGAGCGUUGCCCUCAAUGGCUACCUCUUCAAUGCCGCGCGAUGGGGCAUCAAGGAUCCCAACGUUCCCGACCAUCAGAUCGACCCCAAGGAGCUGGCUCGUGCCGAGAAGUUUAACGAUACCGACUCGGCCACCCUGCCUCUUGGCGAGUACAUUCCUCCUACCCCUAAGCCCGCGACGCCGGAGUCAACCGACGACGAGUCCGAGGAGGCUAAACCCUCGGAGCCGACAAGCCCUGUUGAGAAGCGCACCAUUCCCCAGCUGGAGAAGAUGAUCGCCGAGAAGCGUGUCCAUGAGAUGACGGACUCGGAGGUGAUCACCAUGUCCCUCCGUGGCAAGAUUCCUGGUUACUCUCUCGAGCGUGCGCUGAAGGACUUUACUCGCGCCGUCAAGAUCCGCCGUUCCAUCAUCUCCCGCACCAACGCCACCUCCGACCUCACCAGCAGCCUGGAGCGAUCCAAGCUCCCCUAUAAGGGCUACAACUGGGAGCGCGUCUUUGGCGCCUGCUGUGAAAACGUCGUUGGCUACCUGCCCCUCCCCGUUGGUGUUGCCGGCCCUCUUGUUAUUGAUGGACAGAGCUACUUCCUCCCCAUGGCUACCACUGAGGGCGUCUUAGUCGCUAGUGCCAGCCGUGGCUGCAAGGCUAUCAACUCGGGCGGCGGUGCUGUCACUGUGCUUACCGGCGAUGGAAUGACCCGCGGGCCUUGCGUCAGCUUUGAGACGCUUGAGCGCGCCGGUGCCGCCAAGAUCUGGCUUGACUCGGAUGCUGGCCAAGCCGUCAUGAAGAAGGCCUUCAACUCGACCAGCAACUUCGCCCGCCUCCAGACCAUGAAGACUGCGCUCGCAGGCACCAACCUGUACAUCCGCUUCAAGACCACGACCGGUGACGCCAUGGGCAUGAACAUGAUUUCCAAGGGUGUCGAGCACGCCCUUUCCGUCAUGGCGGCCGAGGGCUUCGAGGACAUGAGCAUUGUUUCCGUCUCGGGCAACUACUGCACAGAUAAGAAGGCUGCUGCUAUCAACUGGAUCGACGGACGUGGAAAGAGCGUCGUUGCUGAGGCCAUCAUCCCUGGUGACGUCGUUAAGAAUGUGCUCAAGAGCGACGUUGAUACGCUCGUCCAGCUCAACGUCGACAAGAACUUGAUCGGAUCGGCCAUGGCUGGUUCGGUUGGUGGAUUCAAUGCUCACGCCGCCAACAUCGUUGCCGCCAUCUUCCUUGCCACAGGCCAAGACCCCGCACAGGUGGUGGAAAGUGCCAACUGUAUUACCAUUAUGAAGAACCUCCGCGGUUCUCUGCAAAUCUCGGUGUCGAUGCCGUCUCUCGAAGUUGGUACGCUCGGCGGUGGCACGAUCCUCGAGCCGCAAAGCGCCAUGCUCGAUAUGCUCGGUGUGCGCGGCCCCCACCCUACCAUGCCCGGAGAGAAUGCGCGCCGUCUCGCUCGUAUCAUCGCCGCCGGUGUGCUGGCUGGUGAAUUGUCGCUGUGCAGUGCAUUGGCGGCAGGGCACCUUGUCAAGGCUCACAUGCAGCACAACCGUUCCGCACCGCCCACGCGGACUAACACUCCGGCCCCGGCUAGUGGUACCGCGACGCCCGUCGGUCUGGCCAUGACCAGCGCCGUGGAGAAGGCGGCCGGCAAGAGCGCGGCGGCUGUGGAGCGGGCGCGUCGUUGA